AUGCUGCACAUUCGUCGCGUAGUGACCCGCACGCCUUCGGGCUGCCGCGGCUUCCAGCGGUCGGUGGGCAUCGUGGGCAUGCCCAAUGUGGGCAAGUCCACGCUCUUCAACGCGCUGACCAAGACCGAGGUGGCCCAGGCCGCCAACUACCCCUUCUGCACCAUCGACCCGAACGUGGCGCGCGUGGCGGUGCCCGACGAGCGCGUGCGCCACCUGGCGGAGGUGGAGAAGUCCAAGCGCGUCAUCGAGACGCAGCUCGAGUUCGUGGACAUCGCUGGACUGGUGCGCGGCGCCUCGAACGGCGAAGGACUCGGCAACAAGUUCCUGGACAACAUUCGGCAGGUGGCGGUGAUCGCCCACGUCGUCCGCUGCUUCGAGGACACCAACAUCCUCCACGUGGACGAGUCGGUGGACCCCAUCCGCGACCUGGAAACGAUCCGCACCGAAUUGAUCCUGGCAGAUCUGCAGACGGUGGAGAAGCGCUUGUCCAACCUCGCCAAGAAGAAGAAGUCGGCGGAUCCGACGAUCCCGUCGUUGCUGGAGGUGCUGAAGCGUCUGCAGCCGCACCUGGAGGAUGGAAACCUGGCGGAGGGCAUGACGUUCGACAAGCCCGACGAGCAACUGCAGUUCGAGCGUCUGCAGCUGCUGACGGCGAAGAAGGCGCUGUACCUGUGCAAUGUGUCGGAGGAUGAUGCAGCCACGGGUAACGAGAUGACGGAGGCCGUGCGUGAGCGCGUUGAAGCGGAAGGAAGCGUGUGUCUGACGGUGUCGGGAUCCCUUGAGGAGGCUGCUGCGUCGUUCGAGGAUGACGAGAGUCAACUGGAGUACCUGAACGAGAGCGGCCUGACCGAGACGGGAUUGACGAAGGUUAUCCGCGCUAGUCAGGAGCUGCUGCAGCUGCAGACUUACUACACUGUUGGUGAGAAGGAGGCGCGCGCUUGGAAUGUGCUCGCCGGGUCGUCGGCUGCUGUAGCGGCUGGUGUGAUCCACUCGGACUUUGAGAAGCUACUCAUCCGUGCUGAGACUGUCGGAUACGACGACUUUGUCAAGGCCGGAAGCAUGCGCGCAGCCAAGGAGAAGGGUCUGCUGCGCUCGGAGGGCAAGGACUACAUCUGCCAAGACGGCGACAUCUUCAACUUCCUCGUGGGAAAAUAG